AGACCCACCUUCACUGAUCUCCGCCUUUUUUCUCUCUUUUUUUUCCCUCCCAAAUCCCUCUUCUCCCCCUCCAUCUCCUUUUGUUCUGUAUAUAUAUACAAAAAAAAGGUACGACCAGCUAGUACUAUUUUCCGAUCCUGAUCGAUAAGCAUUGUAUGCACCAGAGGUUCCAGACCCACCGGUACCAAGCUAUCAACCAUAAAAUAACUCCCUUUUGCGCUCGCGCACACACACAGGGGCAGAGGGAAAUGGAGAUUGGCGCGAGCAUGGUUGGUCAGAUCAGCAACGUUGAGAGGGGGCAAAAUGGUAAUAAUGCAAAUAUUGGCUGGGAUAUCUGGGAGCUUAGUACUUCAAGGUGGGAUUGGAGUAGUUGCACCAGUUCGUUGUACACCCCCACCACAGCUACCUCCGAUGCCACCACCCUCCCGGCGGAGAGUUUCAGCACCACGCGUCAGGAUGUGACUGCCUCUCACGCGCUCCAGUUCCCUCACCACCACCAAUUGCAAUAUUACCACCACAACCACCAGCAUCAUCAACAGCCGUCUCUCUACUCCGGAGCUGGGUCUCACUGCCAGCCGGACCCACAACUCAUGUGCUUGAAGCUGGGAAAGAGGCAGUACUUUGAGGAUACUACUCUUUUGGCUAAUCGCCACAUGGCUGGGUUAUCAUCAUCUGUAGCCGGCAAGAGAGGCAAACCCUAUUACGGUGCCGGAGGUGUUGGUAUUGUUGGAGGGCCCUCAUCCUCUCCAUUGUUACCGCAGACGGUGCCGAGAUGCCAGGUGGAGGGGUGCCACAUGGCCCUUCUGAACGUCAAGGAUUACCACCGGAGGCACAAGGUCUGUGACCUACACUCAAAGGCACCCAUGGUCGUCGUUCUAGGGUUAGAACAGCGCUUCUGUCAGCAGUGUAGCAGGUUUCAUCCAUUGUCAGAAUUUGACGAAUCGAAGAGGAGCUGCAGGAGGAGAUUAGCAGGGCACAACGAGCGAAGAAGGAAAAGCGCUCAUGAUUCCGCCAACAGGAACUCUGCUCAAGGUGCGGGAUUACUAUGCUCAUCAUCAUCAUGGUCGACAGGACGUGCUCUCUCUCUUCUGUCAUCUAAUACUAAUUCUUCGGUCUCUCCGGCCGAUCUCUCCUCAAGAUCCAGUGCUGCACUCCACGAAUUAAUAGCAGAGCACCGUGCAGGCAUCCUAGCUCGGCAGCUCAUUUUGGAUCAAGACUGGUACACACAAAGCCAUGGAAUGGAGGACCUAGGCGAGACCCAAUUACCAAGGUCAUAUACCCUCAUACCCGGUCAGCAGCACCAGAUGUUUCCCGAGCCACAUAGUUGCAACCACCAGUUCCAUGAAAGUGACACGCAUGUGACAUUAGACCUCAUGCAGGCUUCCAGCUCGGCAUUUGGAUUACUGUCUGCGAGGGGGAAAAGUAAGGAAGAGGCCGAAGAAGAGUGUUCCAACCUCUGUUUUAGCGGGAUCCAGAGUAUAUCUGUUUUAGCGGGAGGACACCGAGAUCAGUGAAUGAGACCAACUAGUUUUUAAGGUUUAUGACCAUGAUCAUUUAUUUGCUUCAUAAAUUCAUCAAUCAUAAUAUUGGAGGAUACUGUGUACUGAAUAAUUUCAUAUUUGGAAAAUAUUCUCUCAUUCUACAUAUGCUUUCUGAUACUACCUGAUCAUCAGGCACUACGUACGAAGUAUAAUCGUGAUCUAUUAGAUAAUUGACAACCAC